CACUUAGUACCUGAUCGAUCGAACUCCGUAAUGUCGACUUCUACACAUCACAGAUUUUCGCUGGACCGUCGCAACUCAAUCUGAUGCAUUGAUAACCCUCUCCUGAUUUCCCUCAUCCAACUUCCACUCCCAUUGGACUUUCAAAUGACUUGAAAGAUCAUCAGUCAUCACAAUGGCACCCCUUCUCGAAGAUCCUCGCAUCCGACGAACGUGGAACCAGAUCUCGCAGAACGCUGAAUCUGCGACGGAGAAUGCAGCCGCGGGCAUCUGGACCUUUCAGCACAAGUAUAUCAAUCCAUGCUUCGCCUCGAUUGCAUCCUGCUUCGAACAAUGUACCGAUCAGUGCCUCCCCGACCGCGAGGAGCGUGCCCGCCGAUUGCGAGAACGUGGGCGAACAAGGGGAAGGGCGGAGCUGAGUUUUGACUUCUAUGAUGACUGGGAUCAGGAUGAUAGCCUUGGGGGGGGAGGGUUGUUGGGUUGGGGGAAUGACGAGCUGGACCGGUUGUUGGCCGGGAGCGGAUCGCAUAGCGGGCCUAGUGAUGGGGUCGAUCGGCCCCCGAGGAGGAAAAGAGGGAUGAGUUACGGUACGAGAGGGAGACGAAAGAGUUUGGAUCCGGAUCCUACGGUUAUCCCGAGUACUAGCGCAUUAGGGUUCUUGGGACGCCUGCCUUUCAAGUUUGGCGGCACGUUGCGGUACAAACCCAGUGCUGCAGAUCUGCAGGAACAUCCUGGGGCAUCACGCUCAGAGCGAAGAGGUGAAGAAGAGGGGGAACCUUUGAUAUCGGAAGAAUAUAGUGAGGAGGAUGGAAAUGGAAGUAAAGCACAUAAUAGGCAGCGGAGUUCUACGACCAGUUCGGGGGAGACGUCAGACUCAUUCCGAUCAAGGGGUGACCUCUUCCCAAGUGAUGGAGAAGAUGAUGCGGUGCCUCUGGAUGAUGAGUUUGCAAUGGUCUUAGAAAGGAGGAUGACACUUUCGGGUGCUGAUGACCGGAGCAGCGGCAAGACUCGAAGCAGCAUUGGGAAAGGGUCGGCUGGAUCAAGAAACGUUUCUGGGAGAACUCUUCCGGCAUCAACUCGAUCGAAAUCAUCAUUAUCCGGUCAACGCAAAGGCUCGGGUGCAUCUUUAUCAGUUACCCCAGAUAUACUUACUCCUGAAAUGGCUGGGACACCGUCGUUGACGGAUCUACAAAAAGAGGAGGAGAGAAUUAAACUUGAGGAAGACGCCGAAGUGGAAAGAAAACGAGAGGCUGCUGCUCGGCUCGCUAUCGAACGAGGUCUCCAUGUUGAAGAAGAUUCUACACCUGCUGAAACCUCUGUAUCAGAGACGAAGCUUGAAUCGCCAGCUGUGGAUAUAUCAGCGCCGAUAACAGGGAACGGUCACUUAGAUCAUAGCAAUGAUGCUCCAGCCCCAGGAUCAGCUCCUCUAGCAACAGGAGAAGGCUCUGAUGACCGUGCAAAAAAUAAUUUCGUGCCGGCAAGGUUACCGAACUUUGGUUGAGCGAGCAUUUCCUCUGGGUUACUCUUCUGUCAGCUUUUAAUUUGCAAGCGCUGUUUUGGGAUGAGAACAGAUGGUUGGCGUUAUACAAGCAUGCGAAGCGCUCGCGGCUGGGUUAUUUGGGUGUUAGGGCAGAUAAUCGGGUCAAUUCAACAGUAUCCUCAGCGGUUUCUCAUCUCGCUGAAAUAAAACCUUCAGACACGUUAUAUAUUAUUAAAUUAUCAAAC